UUUCCAUGUAUUGUAGUAUGUACUCCAUUAUUUUUCUUUCUGAUUCUUGCUUUUCCCAUUUUAAGGGUGCUAUAUAUAUUUCUUCAUGAGAGGAGAGACAAAAGGCAUAGACAAAAAGCAUAGACAAAAUAUGGGAAGAGCACCUUGUUGUUCUAAAAUCGGACUGCACAGAGGACCAUGGACUCCCAGAGAAGACACCUUGCUCAUAAAGUAUAUUCAAACUCAUGGAGAAGGCCACUGGAAAUCUCUUCCCACAAAAGCUGGACUUCUUCGAUGUGGGAAGAGUUGUAGGUUGAGAUGGAUGAACUAUUUGAGACCUGAUAUCAAAAGAGGGAACAUUACUCCGGACGAGGAUGACCUUAUUAUUAGAUUGCAUUCCCUUCUUGGCAACCGGUGGUCUCUCAUCGCCGGUAGGAUUCCUGGUCGAACCGAUAACGAGAUAAAGAACUACUGGAACACUCACCUCAGCAAGAAACUUCUAAGCCAAGGAACUGAUCCGACUACCCAUAAAAAACUCAUGGGGCCAGUACAAGAAAAAGCAACUAGGAAGAGAUCAUCAAGAAACACCAAAGCCAACAGCAAGAACAAAGCGAAAGCUGAGUCGGAAACAGUCAAGGUACAUCUUCCAAAGCCCUUUAGGAUUGCUCCCUUAUCAUUACCCAGAAACAACAGCUUCGAAUGCAAUAUCUUAAGCAUUGCAUCCUCCAGCCAAGGUGGAGGAAGAGGAGGAGGAGGAGGAGGAGGAGGAGAGGGAGGAUUAUUGGCUACGGAAGUAGUCCAAGUUCCAAGGCCAGACGGUACAAAAGAUGACGGCGAGGUCACAGGGUUUCUUCUCGGGUACGAUGAUCUUCACUUUCACAUGCACGAUCGUUUAGUAAUUAACAACAGCUCAGAUUUGGAGUUCCAGCCAAAUAAUUUACCCGUAGGAAAUGAGGGUUCCUUAGAAAAGCUUUACGAAGAAUAUCUGGAGCUCCUGAAGACUAGUAGUGGUGAUGAUCAAAAUCAAAAACAAUUGGAUUCCUUUACGGAGUCAUUAUUGAUAUAAAAAGUCAAAGUAUUAAUUACGUGCACCUAUCAUUAUUUAUUAUCUCAUCCAUCAUCACUUUGGUUAGCUAUCUUUAUGUGUGUGGGCUAUGAUUAAAAUUAAGUUUAUGAU